AUGUCGACCGGACGCAAGGUCUUCCGCUGUGCCGUGGACGAGACGGCCCUGUCCACCAAUAUUAGCGAAAUCAAGAAAUGGACAACAAAUGGCGCUAUUGAUCUUGUGGUUCCUCUUUACACACUUGAACGACUCCAUGCGCUGAAGCGAGCAGGAUCGCAGGUCGCCAUCAACGCCCGCGAAGCUGUCCGCUUUCUUGAUCGGGUCACUUCCGGCAAAGAUCACAUCGCCGCCGACCGAGUUGUCCUCCAAGGUCCCAUGGAGCAAUACGAGCGCUGGGAGGAUGCCGAGAAAUUCUUCCUGCCGGAAUUCGAAGAGGAGCCCGAGGUAAUCGACGAGGCAGUUACCAAUGACGAGCCUGCGAUCCAACCCACCGCCGAUGACACUGUGAUCAAGAAUGAGUCGGACGAUCUGUCGCAGAUGCUUUUGUCCAAGCUGAACUUCAAGAAGGACCCGGAGGCUGUGUCGAUCACCUCCGUCGGCACCCCCAGUGGACCUGGAUCGCGCACGUCCUCUCGCAGCUCCCGUACCAGCCCUGAGUGUGCCCAACACGAGUCUAGCAAUGGAACAAAGAAUCAGAAGACCAAGAGCAAGUCUACCAGCCAUCAGCGCACCAUCUCCGGAUCCGUUAUCCCGACCGCGCCGCCCGCUCUGCGCCCAUUGCUGAGCGCCCUGCUCUGGCGGUUGCAUGCUGGCCCCGAUGCCGAGAAUUCUGCGAAGACCUGUAUUCUGAUCUCCAAUGACCGUGCGACCCAGGUGUGGGCUCAGAAAUUUGGUAUUGGUGUUAAGAACAUUCUGCAGCUACGUACCGCUAUCCAGUAUGAGGAGCGCGAGUACAAAAACCGCUGCAAAUACGUCGAGAAGACUCAGACGCAACCCGAGCCGAAGAGCUUAUUGUCCUACGAAGAAGAGAGCGACGAGGAUGAGCUAGUGUUCGUCCCUCGCGGCCGUGGAAAAGGAACUCCCCGAGGUGCUUCGCGUGGUGGUCAGCGCAAGGCUGCCCCCAAGGCCGCGCCACUCCUGCCGAGCCUACUGCUACCAUGGAAGUUCCUACGAAGCCCAUCGACCCGGAUUCUUUCAGUCGGUCUCUGGGCGGUGCAACCAAGGCGGCCACUGUGGACUUGA